AUGAGCGUUAUGACCAUGGUUAUAACGUUUACCAGCGGAAUCCUUGUCAAGUGUCCUAAGGGCGUCCUACGGCGUUCUUCCGUGAAGCGCCCAGUUCACUCCCGCAGCCGCGAGCCUCGUUCCCGAACGCCUUCCGCGCGCGCAGCUGCACCCAGCGGCGCGCGCCAGCGGCCGCGCAACUCGCGGAUGGCGGAGGGCGAGCUCUUUGCGCAGAGCGAAAGCUCCAGACUUAGCUUCCAGGAAGGCUUGCACUCCCUGGACGGGGCCUCAGGCGCGAACCUCCCGGCCCAGGUGACUGAGGGCGUCCAAGAGACGGAGGACACGGAUAGCGAGUCGGAGUCGGAGCACUGGUCUGUGCCGAAGGUGCCGCUGAUUCUGAAGCCCAACCUGCCGCUGAGCAAUGGGCCCGACACGCUGAGCCGGGAUUCCUCCAAGAAUUCCCGACAGGCGACACGGAACUCCUCGAAGAACUCGGUGGAGUUGCAGAAGACUGUGGAUGGCCUGUCCGCAUUCAGGACGGCGCUGGAAGCCAACCAAAAGCACUCGCUGCGUUUGCUGGACGCCGAGCUCGACAAGCUGAGGCGCCGCACCAACCUCGCCUUUGCAAGCCAAACGAGCUACACCGCCCCUGAGCGCCCGAGCAUGACCUUUCGGGAGAAACUCAUGCUUCCGGGCGCGCUGGGAAGGAACCCCAGCGAGAAGGAGGACUGGUCAGCGGUGGAAGGCGCAGCCCUCGCGGUAAUCCAGGGCAACAUUCCAGGAGCGGGGGGCCGGGUUCUGCACGCCUCCGUGGCCCCCCCGCCGGUGCAGCGGAAGCGGCGGAUGAGUUGGAUCCACAAGCAGUCCACCACGUACAUGGACAAAGUGGAUACCUUGAAGCCGGAGCCGGGUGGGGUUCGGAAGAUUAUGAGUAAGGAUGAGAAGGACAAGGCCAAGAAGGACGCAGCUGAGUUUCACCAGUCUGGCAUGCUGUCGCAACUGAACUCGGAGCUCGCCAAGGACAACAUCAUUACGAAAGCGGCGGAGGAGUUGGAGAUGGGGAAGGAGAGCGUGUUGAAGACGGAGGGCUGGCUGGUGCGCCUGGCGUCGCAUCCCAGCUUCGAGCGCAUCACCCUGGCGGUGAUCUUGCUGAACGCCGUGUGGAUCGGCGUUGACAUUGAGUUCAACCAUGCAGACAUGCUCUUCCAAGCUGCGCCCAUCUUCAUCAUCAUGGAGAACUUCUUCUGCGGCUUUUUCUCCUUCGAGCUAAUUGUUCGCUUCGGCAUCUACCGGAAGACCUGGUACGCGAUCAAAGACGUGUGGUUUAUGGCGGACUUCUGCUUGGUGGCCCUCAUGAUCAUGGAGACCUGGAUAAUGCCACUGAUCCAAGCGCUCACGGGUGCCGGGGGCGGCAUCUCCAACGGCGCUUCGGUGCUGCGCGUGGCGCGGGUGAUGCGGGUGCUGCGCACCGCGCGCAUGGCGCGGCUGGUGCGGCUCAUGCCGGAGCUCAUGAUCCUCAUCAAAGGAAUGAUGGUGGCCUUCCGGUCCGUGUUCUUCACGCUGAUCCUGCUGCUGCUCUUCACCUACGUCUUCUCCGUGGCCUUCGUCCAGUUCAGCCGCGACACGGUGCUGGCGAGGGACUUCUUCGGAUCCAUGGGAUCUGCGGUUUCCACCCUCAUCUUGAAGUGCAUCCUCACAGACCAGGAAUCUUUGAUCCUUGCGGUGACCCAGGAGAGCUGGAUGAUGGGUGUGCUGCUCCUUGUGUUUAUCCUCUUUGGGUCCCUAACAGUUAUGAACAUGCUGCUGGGCGUGCUGGUGGAGGCCAUCAAGACGGUGUCGACCAUCGAGCGCGAGCAGCUGGAGGUAGACUUCGCCAAGAAAGUCUUGUGGGAUAUGAUCAACAAAGGAGAAGCAGACACGGACGGGGACAACCUCAUUUCGGAGGAAGAGUAUAUGGCGGUCCUCCAGAAGCCCCAGGCCAUGACAGCCUUGACGAGCUUGGGGGUGGACGUGGAGGCCGCCUUAGACUAUGGCAAGCUACUCUUCGAGGACGGCGAGAAGCUGACCUUUGGAGACUUCAUGCGGGGCAUCUUGACCUUGCGUGGGUCCAAUCAAACCACCGUGAAGGACAUCGUUGACCUCAGGAAGUUCACGGGGGACGAGUUCUCGCAACUCCAUGAGGUCCUGAGCAACAUCAACCAGUGCCUGGCGCAAGUGCCAGGGCCUGCGCAUCUGCCACUGGGAGCACCGCUGGCGGUGCCACUCAGUCGCUGCUCCUUUGCCUCCUCACGGACUUCCCAACCCACUUCCGCACGCUCGGCGGGAGGCAAUCGUUGA